GGAACGGGUUUGGGUACCAUAUUCUAUAAACGGGUUCAGACAGGCCAUUUUUCAUCGGAACUCUCCAACCCUAAUUGCUAGCAAUAUCAUUUUUUAGGUUCUAAACUGUUUUCUGUACUCACUUUACUCUUCUCCCUUCGUCCUUUAUUUUUUCAAUUUUUAAAUUAGGAUUUGAAAUACCAUAGCCAAAAUGGAAACGAGAUUGGCUAGUACAUGGCGAAUGACCCUGAAUGAGAAGAAGUUCAUUGAGACUGCUUUGGCUUCGGACCUGAGAAUUGACGGUCGUAAUCCCCUCGAGUAUCGUAAAAUAACUAUCAAGUUUGGCAGAGAAGAUGGAUCAUCAGAAGUGCUGCUUGGCCAUACUCAUGUAAUGGGUUAUGUGACUUGUCAACUAGUUCAACCUUAUAGAGACCGACCGAAUGAAGGAUCACUCUCAAUUUUUACAGAGUUCUCUCCAAUGGCUGACCCUACAUUUGAGCCAGGUCGUCCAGGAGAAUUUGCAGUGGAGUUGGGCCGGGUAAUUGAUCGUGGCCUAAGGGAAAGCAGGGCUGUGGAUACAGAAUCACUUUGUGUUCUUGCUGGGAAGUUAGUAUGGGCCAUUAGAAUUGACCUUCACAUCUUAGAUAAUGGGGGAAAUCUUGUUGAUGCUGCCAAUAUUGCUGCUUUAGCUGCUCUCUUGACAUUUCGGAGGCCAGAAUGCACUUUAGGAGGAGAAGAUGGUCAACAAGUGAUAGUACAUCCACCUGAGGUGAAAGAACCGCUUCCUUUGAUAGUGCAUCAUCUUCCUAUAGCAGUAACCUUUGCAUUUUUUAAUGGUGAGCGCAGCAUGGUAGGUAAAGUAGUAGAUCCAACCCAUAAUGAGGAGGCUGUUAUGGGAGGACGAAUGACUGUUACAGUGAAUGCAAAUGGUGAUAUUUGUGCUAUUCAAAAAGCUGGAGGAGAGGGUGUGAUGCAGAGUGAUAUAAUGCGCUGUUUGCGACUUGCAUCCAGGAAUUCUGAGUCUAUAACAAAGAAAAUAAAAGAUGCAGUUGAAACAUACAACACUGCGAGAGCAUUACGCAAGAUCAAGCGCCAGUCUUCUGUUGCUGAAAAUGUUAAUAUAGCUGGAGAUAAUGGCAGAGAGCAUGAAAAUAAAUCUUUCAUGUGCAAGGGAAUUACUGAGUUGUCAAGGCACCAGAUAGAGAAAUUGAAGAUAAAAGCUGAGGAAACCUGCAUCAGAAAUAAUGAUGCUGAUACUGGUCUCAGAUCAUCUCAACAAGGUGGAACCACUUUCAGAGAUGGCAAUGCUUCAAAUUUUCUUGGGGGCCUCUCAAGCUGGGAUCCUUAUUCAAAGGACAUUUAUUUGGAUUCCUCAAAAGCUUCUGUAGGCUCACAGGGACUAGCAACACCUGUUGAACAAAAAGGUGAACGAAAGAGCAUUCAAGCUAACCAAGAGAAAGCUCCUGAAGAUACUAAGCCAACUACUCCAGCUGCUGAUACAUCAGAAACUGGUCUUCAAAUGAGUGAAGCGAAGACUUUGAAAGAUGCUAUAAAGCCCAAGAACAAGAGAAGAAAAAGGACGUCUUCCAGCAUGAAUGCAAGUUAGAUGAACUUCUAACACAAAAAAGUCUUCACUCUUCAUCUUGUCAUCAGAUUCUUGAGAUCUGGGUUCCUGCAUCUCCGAUUUGUUAAGUUGGAGGGAAAAUGGUGUUGGAAACUUUAUUCCUUUCUCUGUGGUGGGUGACACAGAGGGCCUACGGCUGCCAGAGUAAGCUGAAGUGAAAACCAGAAAGAUACCUUACCUAUCACACUAAAGAUUUGGCAUUGUUGCCUACUAAGGUGUAAGGUAUGUCAUGUUGACGAAAUGGAUAUUGGUACAUUUGGCAUUGCACUGUCAAGUUGUAUCUCCUGGGUUAUGUUUGGAAUUUAGAUUGGCUAACGUGGUAGAUCGCGAUAUGUUUAGAAUUUAGAUUGGCUAAUGUGAUCGAGAUUAAGCUUGACUACAUGGGCAAUGCUGUGAUUAUGCAUUGACUACAUGUGAUUAAGCUCAAAUUUUGUAUUCUACUCUUUUAAAUAUUUAUAUGCGACAUGCUUUCCUUGAACUUAAAGCUUGAAUACACAAAGCUAUAAAAGAGAAGAUGAACAUUGUUUUAGAGUAAA